AGACAUAGAGAAAUAUACAAUCUCAAUUUCUCUUCUUUUAAGCCUUAUUAAAGUGAAGAAAGUGGACCACAAGAUCAGCAUUCAUCCACAUAUUUGGAGAAUUCAAGGGUAGCAAAGGUUUCUCCUCCAGCACGCAACAUCACCUCCCUGUCAGUUCACCCUAUGCAAACUCGCUCCAAAACAGGGAAGCAUACAGGACAUGUUUAAACAAAAUUUUCAAAACAUUCAAAUACAAUGACAACUAAUAAUCUUUCUAUACAUAUUGUAGGACUUGACAUUAAGGAGCCAAAAUCGAUUAAAACUACUCUUAAAAUCCCUCACUGGUUUGCUGCAAUGCAAGAAGAAUUAGAUGCCUUGAAGAAAAACAAUACUUGGGAGUUGGUUUCGUGUCCCCCUGGGGCUAAUAUAGUUGGAUCAAAGUGGGUUUUCAAAACCAAUUUAAAUGAAGAUGGUUCCAGUGAGAGGUUCAAAGCACGUUUAGUGGCAAAAGGGUUAUCCCAAGUUCUUGGUCUGGAUUUUGAUGAGACUUUCAGUCCAGUACUUAAGCCCACAACACUUCAUCUUGUGAUUGCACUUGCUACAACUCAAUCAUGGCCUUCAUGUCAACUUGAUGUAAAGAACACCUUCCUCCAUGGCGUGCUCAAAGAAACUAUGUAUAUGACGCAACCCCCUGGCUUUGUUGAUCACCAAUAUCCUAAGUAUGUAUGUCGUUUACACCGCUCAAUCUAUGGGUUUAAACAGGCUCCUUGCGCUUGGUUUGAUAGCACAGAUGAACUACUCCAACAAAUUAUUUCAAAUCUCAGCAUGGAAUUUGCACUCAAGGAUCUAGGGCCUCUUCAUUACUUCCUUGAUAUAGAGCUUCUUCAUGAUGUUGGCAUCCCUUUGCACUCACCUCCUCAAUUGUUUUCAGACAACAUUAGUGCUCUUCAUAUGUCUGUUAAUCUUGUCUUCCAUGCUCGAGCUAAGCAUAUUGAAAUAAACUACCACUUUGUCAAGGAAAAAGUCGCAAUUGGUGCUCUCAUCACUCGCUACAUCUUCGACACCGAUCAACUCACAAACCUUCUUACCAAACCUUUGCUCAAGCAUAGAUAUAAGCUUUUAAGGUCCAAGUUGGGAGUUGUUUCAUCAGCACUCUCCAACUUGAGGGGGAGUAUGAAGACUAUCACAGCAAAUCACGAAUAUCAUGGAGAAUAAAAAGGAAAGUUAGACAACUAGAAAGGAAAGAGACAAGUACAUGACCAACAAGGAGAGAACAAGGAAGUAGAAAUCACAAAUCAAGAGCAAAGGAUUCA